ACCAGAUCCCUCCCUCCCAAGUCUCCUAUACUCAUCCAAGCCGACUUUCAACUCCUCUUUCUCUCUCUCUCUUUCUCUCUCUCUCUAGCCUUGGUUUAGACCAGGUCAGGCCCCCCGCCCCCGCACCCUCGCUCUUUCUCUCUCCACCGAUCCCUCCGCAAUCCCCAGUCCGAUUUCCAACGAGGAGAGAGAGAGAGAGAGAGAGAGAGACAGCGAGGGCGGAAAACCAGUCUAGAGAGAGAGUUGCUGCCAAGAUGAUGCCGUCCACAACCACCGCUGCAGAUCUGACCCAACAACAACAGCAGCAACAACAACAGCAGCAACUUCAACAGCAGCAGCAGCUGUGGAUGCAGUACCAGCAGCAGCAGCAAUGGUUGGCGAUGCAGCAGUACCCCGCCGCGGCCGCGAUGAUGCAGCAGCAGCAGCAGAUGAUGUACCAGCAGCAGCAUCAGCAGCAUUACUUAUCGCCUUACCACCACCACCAGCCCUAUCAACAACAACAAUUACAGCAGCAGCAGCAGGCUCAGAUUCAAGGAUCGAGCGACGAGAACCGGACGAUCUGGAUUGGCGACCUCCAGAACUGGAUGGACGAGACUUAUCUCACCAGCUGCUUCGCUCCCUCCGGCGAGGUUUCCUCAGUAAAGAUUAUUCGCAAUAAGCAGACUGGUCAGUCAGAGAAGUACGGGUUUGUUGAGUUCCUUUCUCAUGCAGCAGCAGAGAAAGUUCUGCAGAGUUUUAAUGGUACUGUGAUGCCAAAUACAGACCAACCUUUCCGCCUAAAUUGGGCGACCUUCAGCACGGGUGAUAGGCAUGUGGAUGUUAGUUCGGACUUCUCUAUAUUUGUUGGAGAUUUGGCUGCAGAUGUUACUGAUGCAGCAUUGCAUGAUACUUUUGCUACUAGAUACCCAUCUGUUAAAGGUGCCAAAGUUGUUGUUGACUUAAAUACUAGCCGUUCAAAAGGUUACGGUUUUGUUAGGUUUGGCGACGAAAAUGAGAGGUCAAGGGCUAUCACUGAAAUGAAUGGCAUGUAUUGUUCUACUAGGCCAAUGCGCAUAAGCAUUGCAACACCUAAGAAGCAAUCAGGGCAACAACAGUAUUCUUCUCAAGCUCUGGUAUUAACUGGUGGAUAUGCAGCGAAUGGUGCUAUGCCCCAAAAUGCCCAAUCUGAUGGUGAUUUAUCGAACACAACAUUAUUUGUGGGAGGGCUUGACUCUGAUGUCACUGAUGAAUUGCUCAGACAGACCUUUUCUCAGUGUGGCGAAGUUGUCUCUGUGAAAAUACCUGCUGGGAAAGGAUGUGGUUUUGUUCAAUUUGCUAACAGAAAUAGCGCAGAGGAUGCAAUACAGAGGCUGACCGGGGUUGUAAUCGGCAGUCAGAAGGUUCGCCUUUCUUGGGGUCGAAGUCCAGGGAACAAGCAGAAUGGGGCUUAUUACGGAAGGCAAGGUUAUGGAUAUGCUGUGCCACAGAAUCAGGAUCCAAACAUGUAUGCUGGAGCUUAUGGGGGAUCUUCCAAUGGAUACGGCAAUCACCAGCAGUCGGUCAGCUGAAUUUAGUGAACUGGCCCUUUUGAAUCAUCAAAGACACUAUGAAAACUUUACGGAUUUAGUUGCUUUUCUGUGUUGGUUUUUUGUUUACUUUACAGCUGGAUUGAAUUCGUAUUGGAGAUUUUUUUCUAGGACUUCGUUCGAACUUAUUUUUUUUGGAGCAGAGGGUCAACCAACAAGGUUAAUGUAAUCAGAAAAGAUAGAAAACCAGGACAACCGGACCAUGAAACCCUCGAGGAAAACGAAUGAAUGGUCCAGAUUUAAAGAAACUCUUCUAGGGAAGAGUUCUGGACGGUUGAUUUGUUGUCAUGGACAGCUUCCUGUUUUCUCUUUCCUGGACUUUACCAGGUCUGUAAUGUAAUAGGUGAGUGAGCUUUAUAGACUUGCAUGUUUACAUCUGUAUCAACCUGUUGAAAAUCUUGAUUA